AUGGGUCAGAUUCUUUCGCAGCCAAUUACAGAGAAGAACAGCGAGAAAGGAGGCGACAAAUUCGUGGCCUACGGGCUGUCGUGCAUGCAGGGAUGGCGUAUAUCGAUGGAGGAUGCACACACGACGAUUUUAGACAUGAGGAAAGUGAAAAAAUUGGGAGGUGAGCAGGGAGAAGAGGAAGAAGAAGAAGAGGAGGAGGAGAAAAGAGACCAGGUGGCAUACUUUGGUGUGUUUGACGGGCAUGGGGGCGAGAAGGCGGCCCAGUUCACGGGCAAGCGGAUGCCGCAUGUGUUGAGGAAGACGUCCGGGUACAAAAAACAGGACUACGUGAAAAUGUUCAAGGAUGGAUACUUGGCAAUGGACGUGGCUAUAAUGGAGGACGAGGAGAUGUCGAAGGACCCAUCGGGCUGUGCUGCAACAUCGGUUCUGAUAUGCAACGACAAGAUCGUGUGUGGUAACGCCGGCGACUCGCGGACGGUGAUGUCGAUCGACGGAAAGUGCAAGGCACUCUCUUUUGACCACAAGCCGACAAACGAGGGCGAAAAAGCGCGUAUUGUGGCUGCUGGUGGGUACGUGGACAUGGGCCGGGUGAACGGCAACCUGGCAUUAAGCCGCGGGAUUGGGGACUUCGAGUUCAAGAACGCGGAUGACUUACCAGCGGAAGAACAGGCGGUUACUGCUCUUCCGGACGUUUUAGUUCACGAUGCAACCGAUAUGGACGAGUUCAUAAUCUUGGCAUGCGACGGUAUAUGGGACUGCCUCACUUCGCAGCAGGCGGUGGACUUUGUUCGCCGUGGUGUGAAGGAAAAGAAGCCAUUGACAGAAAUAUGCGAAACGAUGAUGGACACGUGUCUGGCCCCUACCUCGGGCGGUUCCGGAAUAGGGUGUGACAACAUGUCAGUGUGCAUAGUUGCCCUUUUGCGCGGGCAGACGUUGGAGCAGUGGUACGAGAAGAUUGGUGCACGGGUGUCUGCGGACUUGCUGGCCCAACUUGCAACGCCUGACGAGCUUUCGAUGGAUUUGUACAAGGUGACUUUGGAGUCCAAGCAGCAGCAGAACGAGAAGAAUGCCCAGGAGGCUGCUGGUGCAGGGAGGCCUGACCUAGAUGACUCUGGUGAUGAAGAAAGUGCCGAAAAUGAGGCCGGUGCAGCUUUAAAAGCCGGUUCUCCACUUGCUGGAGCUGCACCAAACCUCAUACAGCAGCUUCUUGCUGCUUCCAGCAUCUCUGCUGACAACGAUGUCAUAUACUUGGACCAGUCGGCCUCCUCCUUGUUGCGGUCUUUAGGAGUCAUGGAGGAUGAUGAGGAGGAUCCAGAGGGGGACAAGAAGAUGGAGGAUGUGACUGAUGACGAUGAGAAUGUGGGGGAUGAGGCCGAGCAGAAGAGCGGGGAGAAAAAAGAGCAGAAAAGGGAUUAA